UUCACACAAACCCUAGUUUCUGCCUUCACAAAUUGUGUUCAUAGCUUCUUUGAUUAACACUGCUACUUUCAAAGAAGAAAAAAGCAUUUGAAGAUGGCAAUUGGUAUGGGGCACAUUCUCCGUGCUAAGCAAGGCCUUAGAAGAUCUUCUUCAAGAACAAACAGAGAAAGUGAAGUUCCUAAGGGACAUUUUGCAGUUUAUGUUGGGGAAACUGAAAAGAAGCGCUUUGUCAUUCCAGUUUCAUACUUGAAGGACCCUUCAUUCCAAGACUUGCUGUGUCAAGCUGAGGAAGAAUUCGGAUUUGAUCAUCCAACCGGUGGACUCACAAUACCUUGUAUGGAGGAUACCUUCGUCGACAUCAUCUCUAAUUUGAGAUCUUGAGAGACUACACACAACUUAGUUUAGUGAAGAUAAAUUUUGCAUAGAAGAGUUUUCAUGUACAGUUCGAUCACUUUAUAGAUUUUUGUCUGCAUUUCUGCAGUAACUUUGAAAAUAUCAUAAAGUCUGUCCAAUUUUCACCA